GCUCCCAUUAAUAUCAUUAGAUCAACUUGCCUUUAAAUUGACUUGCCUAGCAAGCACUGGUUAGUUGGGAAGGCCAUUUUGUAGGAGAGAAAAGAAAAAAGACUGUGUUAUAUACUAUUGCUGUGGGGUGCAGGUUAAGAGCUGUGCAGAAAAAGACCCUUUUGAAGUUUUUGAUUAAUAAGUGGACAACAUCUUUCAUUCUUCAUUAUAGUUGUCAUUGUUUGUUCAUCUUUUGGUUUUUGUUGAGAGCGUGUGAGAAGAGAGAUAUGGGGAAUUGCCAAGCUGUGGAUGCUGCAGCACUUGUGAUCCAACACCCUUCUGGGAAGAUAGAGAGGUUGUACUGGCCAGUGAGUGCAAGUGAGGUCAUGAGAACUAAUCCGGGCCAUUAUGUGUCUUUGAUCAUACCAUUGGCUGUGCCUCCUGAUCAAGGGCAGAUCAAUCAGGAGCAGAAGGCCGUGCUUUUUACGCGCGUGAAGCUGCUCCGGCCGAACGAAACUCUUACUCUUGGCCAUGCUUACAGGCUGGUCACUACUCAAGAGGUUGUGAAGGCAGUGAAGGCAAAGAAACACGCAAAGAUGAGGAAGCCACAGGUGAAGGCAAUGGAGGGUAUGCAAAUAGUGCAGCUGGAAAAGGCUGUUUCAGAUAGUGAGACUGGAGGGAUGUUGGACACAGGAAAUAUAUAUCAGGCAAUGAGAACAGACAGAUACAGACUACUGAGUUCCACACAUGCCGCGCUGAAGCCAAAAUCAUGGCGUCCCUCUUUGCAGAGCAUCUCAGAGUCUGCAAGUUGAGUAGUGCUAGGUUGUUACAUGUAAGGUGUCCCAUAGAACAUUGCUUGAUUGCCUGUUUCAUGAUUGAUGCUCCUCUUAGUGGAAUGAAUACCUGAUAUAUGGGCAAAAGAAGUUCAGCAAAGGUUUGAACUACAGACUUCUCUUCCAUCACCAGUCACACCCUCAACUAAAUAACCAUGUUCCAGUGACAACAUGAUUGUAUAGCACUAAGAAGAUGAAGAGGAAAAAUAAAUAAAUUUUGAAUGUGUCAAAA